UGCGCGCUGGGGCGGGUGUCCGGCGCUGUCGGAGGAAGGCUGUGCGAGGGAGGCUUGCGGGCGAGCGGACUCGGCUUCGGGCCGAGAACCUUGAGGAAUUUCGCAGAACCCCGCUACCUAUGGACUCUGAAUGGACUUCGUACAAGGAAGCCCCUGACACGUUAACGGACAAAACAUGAGUCCAUCUGUGUUGUGGCAUUCAAAUCCUAACACUCUGGGAGAGUGAUCUCUUCUGAGAAUGACGCCUCCAUCAUCUACAGUUUGGAUAGGCACCUUCCCUGUGACCUCCCAUGAUAUUUGACCUGGAGGACCCUGGUAGCUCUGUUGAUGGUUUGGUGGUACAGGGAAGCAUGCUGACCCAGACAGAAUUCACCAGGCUAAAGUGAUGAGUCCACAGCCAUCUAGUUUUACUUCACCAGAUGAUGUGUCAAGAAGCACAGGUUUUGGACUCCUCUCUUGCAUCAGACCUCUGUUGCCAUAAUCCUCUGAGUGUCCUCUCAGGACCUGGGUCACCCUCAUGGCACAAUGGCCACCCCUCAGGAGCACCUGAGUUGCUCCUCUUCACCACACUUGCCCUUGACUGAGAACAAAACCUCUAAUGGACGAAAUGAGCUUGCAGCUAUGGGGAACCACCCUCCACCCAGGCUCCCCGAGGACCCCCGGGAGAAGUCUGUGCAGCCAGAGCUGAUGGAGACCACGGGCAGCCCCAUCUCUACAGCAGUGUUGACCAGUGUGAGUGAGGAUUCCAGGGGCCAGUUUGAGAACAGUGUUCUUCAGCUAAGGGAGCAGGAUGAAUCAGAGGUGACGGUGUCUCCAGGGAACAGCAGCACUGUGGAUAGAGAGAGCGCGAACGGGACUGAAGACAUCAAGAUUCAGUUCAGCAGGUCUGGCAGCGGUGGGGGUGGCUUUCUCGAAGGGCUGUUCGGAUGCCUGAGGCCCGUGUGGAACAUCAUCGGGAAGGCGUAUUCCACCGACUACAAACUGCAGCAGCAAGAUACCUGGGAAGUGCCAUUUGAGGAGAUCUCAGAGCUGCAGUGGCUGGGGAGUGGAGCCCAAGGAGCUGUCUUCCUGGGCAAAUUCCGAGCGGAGGAAGUGGCCAUCAAGAAAGUGAGAGAGCAAAAUGAGACGGACAUCAAGCAUCUGAGGAAGCUGAAACACCCUAACAUCAUCGCAUUCAAGGGUGUUUGCACUCAGGCCCCGUGUUACUGCAUCAUCAUGGAGUACUGUGCCCAUGGACAGCUUUAUGAGGUCUUGCGAGCUGGCAGGAAGAUCACACCUCGGUUGCUCGUGGACUGGUCCACGGGAAUUGCUAGUGGGAUGAAUUAUCUCCAUCUCCAUAAAAUCAUACAUCGUGAUCUGAAGUCACCAAAUGUUUUAGUGACUCACACAGAUGCAGUCAAAAUCUCAGACUUUGGUACGUCUAAGGAACUCAGUGAUAAAAGCACCAAGAUGUCCUUCGCUGGUACAGUUGCGUGGAUGGCACCUGAGGUGAUCCGGAAUGAGCCUGUCUCUGAGAAGGUUGACAUAUGGUCUUUUGGAGUGGUGCUUUGGGAGCUGCUGACAGGGGAGAUCCCCUACAAGGAUGUGGACUCUUCAGCCAUCAUUUGGGGUGUUGGGAGCAACAGUUUACACCUCCCGGUUCCCUCCACUUGCCCAGAUGGAUUCAAAAUCCUUAUGAAACAGACAUGGCAGAGUAAGCCUCGCAACCGGCCUUCCUUCCGGCAGACACUCAUGCACCUGGACAUUGCGUCUGCGGAUGUGCUUGCCACCCCACAGGAAACUUACUUCAAGUCUCAGGCCGAAUGGAGAGAAGAAGUGAAAAAACACUUUGAGAAGAUCAAGAGUGAAGGGGCCUGUAUCCACCGGCUAGACGAAGAACUGAUCCGGCGGCGCAGGGAAGAGCUCAGGCAUGCCCUGGAUAUCCGGGAGCACUAUGAGCGGAAGCUUGAGCGGGCCAACAAUCUGUACAUGGAGCUGAGCGCCAUCAUGCUGCAGCUGGAGAUGCGGGAGAAGGAGCUGCUGAAGAGAGAGCAGGCAGUGGAAAAGAAGUACCCUGGGACCUACAAACGACACCCUGUCCGUCCAGUAAUCCACCCCAAUGCCAUGGAGAGACUCAUGAAAAGGAAGGGUGUGCCCCACAAGGCUGGGGUACAGACUAAGCGGCCAGACCUGUUACGAUCUGAAGGGAUCCCCAGUGCAGAGGUGGCUCCCACUGCAUCCCCUCUGUCUGGAAGUCCCAAAAUGUCCACGUCAAGCAGCAAGAGCCGAUACCGAAGCAAACCUCGUCACCGCCGAGGAAAUAGUAGAGGCAGCCACAGUGACUUUGCAGCAGUCUUGAAAAGCCAGCCGACCCAGGAAAACUCACCCCACCCCACUUACCUAUAUCACACUCAGACUCCCUGCCCGUCUCUCCAUGAGCAUAACUCCCUCCAGCAGCAAUACCAGCAACCCCCUUCUGCCCUGCCUCAGAGCCGCCAUCCCCGACUCAAUAUGCAUGGGCAGGACAUUGCAACCUGUGCCAACAACCUGAGGUAUUUUGGCCCAGCGGCAGCCCUGAGGAGUCCACUCAGCAAUCAUGCUCAAAGACAGAUGCCUGGCUCCAGCCCGGACCUCAUCUCCACAGCCAUGGCGGCAGACUGCUGGAGGGGUUCUGAACUUGAGCAAGCUGGACCCUGGGGCUGCUGCCAGACCGAAGGCUAUGAUCCCUGUCUCCAGUGCAGGCCAGAGCAUUCUGGAUCUUUAGAUGUUCCCACCACUGAGCCAGUGGGAAGCAGCCCAGACUGUUCCAGUACACCAGCACACAAUCCUCUUUCAGGAAAUGCCCAAGGCUCCAAGAGAAUGGAGGCAAAUGGAUUCAGUGGCUGUCAAUCUGGUAUUUCUCAUCAAUUCACACCCCCAAUGCUACCUCAAAAGACACGGCCCCUUCAGAAGAGUGGAGAUGACUCCUCAGAAGAGGAAGGGGAAGUAGACAGUGAAGUGGAAUUCCCUCGAAGACAGAGGCCCCACCGCUGUAUCAGCAGCUGCCAGUCCUACUCAACCUUUAGCUCCGAGAACUUCUCUGUGUCUGAUGGAGAGGAAGGGAACACCAGUGACCACUCAAACAGCCCCGAUGAGUCGGCUGACAGACGGGAAGACCGCCUGGCAGAGAAACUGGACGACCUGCUGUCCCAGACGCCCGAGGCCCCCAUCGAGAUCUCCUCCCACUCAGAUGGGCUGUCUGACAAGGAGUGCGCUGUGCGGCGCGUGAAGACACAGAUGUCCCUGGGCAGGCUGUGCGCCGAGGAGCGCGGCUACGAGAACCCUGUGCAGUUUGGUGACUCGGACUGUGACUCUUCAGAGGGGGAAUGUUCUGAUGCCACCGUUAGGACCAGCAAGAACUACAGCUCUGCCACGUGGUGACAGGGGCUCUCCAUCAUCGAGACGCUGGCAUCUCAAAUCCUCUCCAGCCCUCGACUCCUCCCUCCUCCUGCAUUUGUCUGGGAGGAGUGGCCCAGUCCCAGAAACAAGCUACACUGACAGGAACAUGAGAUUUGUCAAAUCUCUGGGGAAAUACUCAAAUGAAAUUCCCUCUCACUGAGCAUUUCAAUCAAGAAUGGCAGGGAUCUAUUGUAUCGAAAACUCCAGCUACUGUAACAUUGAUAUUUAUUUUUGUUGGACAUUUUAACACUUUGUAUUGUAAAGAGUGAACUAUAUAUGAUACACAGACACAAUAAUUUCUUUACAAAAAAAAAAAAAAAGGAAAGGAAAGAGUCUUUAGGAGCAACAUUUGGAAUUUGCGGGGCUAGGAGGUGUCACUGUCGCUUGAACACAGGACCAGGUCUUUUGUCCAUGCUUGAAGAGUUGUAAUGAGACACAGUGAGCAUUUAAAACACAGGCCAAAGGAAAUGCAGCCACAUUAAGUCUCCGCAGGGAUGGAAAUGCCUGGAAGUUGAGUGAUAGGCACCAAAGCCUUGGAGGGCAUGUGCUUCCUCAGCAAACAGAACCGUAACUGCACAUCUGGAAUUGCAUUCCUUAAACAUUGAGCAGGAUCUGGCAGUACAGGUUACGGUGUCAUCAAGUCUUGCCCUUAGCAAACACUUCCCUUUAAAUGCUGCUGCUGUCAGGGCCGUGACCAGCACGGUCUUUCAGACCCGUGUGCCAUUCUUCUCUCCUCCUUCCCACCUGCUGACCACUCCUUUCAGGAAGUGGAAAAAGGGGUAGGAAAAAAAGAGCAUCUGUGACUUAAGAGAACAUGCCUGUAAAACUUCCUUUUCAGGAUGGAGGUUCAGCUGUACAUGCAAGAUGGCACAAGCCCUCUCCGGACCCCAGUUGUCUGUCUACUGGAAUCAUAUUGAUUCACACAGAAGGCAGCUAGGAUGUGUGUGUCCAGUGUCCAGUCCCAAACCAUCUUCAUUUUUGUUGGUAAUCUCAUUCUAGCUUAGAAGCUUUAGUGGCUGGCUGUCACUGUAGCAGAGCAGGCGGAAGAAGCAGUGUGCAGAAGGUGACCGUCUCACCACAUUUUCAUUCUGAAUCACUACAGUUUUGUUUAGUGGGGUUAGGAAAAUUCUAGAAGGAAUAGCUGAUGCUAAGCAGGUAAUUAGGAUUCCUUUAGUUUCUCAAAAGCAUGUGACUUUUCCUGUGUCCAGAGUCCUGGGCUGUAAAAAGUACCCCGAGGUGCUUUGUGGAGUCUUAGCUUGAAGCUGGAAAGGUCUCCCAGCCCCCUGAGGACUGGAGUACAGGUGGGCACCCCCAUGCCUGGCUCAAAGAUGCCUCAUCUAGAAUUUGUAAGUGUACACAUUAGCAUGACUCCUAUGUCUCCAAUGCAGGCUUCUGCCAAGUCCAAACUGGCUGGAUUCUGGCACUGCAUCCUGUAAGGAUGUUAGGUAUUAAGACAUUCCAACCCCAACGGAAAUGGUGCCCCUGGGCUGGGUGUCAUUGACUGCAUCGGCCAAAAAUGAAAAGCAGGAGGGGAUUUAGAGCCGGUCUUCUGUUUGACCCUCCUUUGUUUACACUUUAUGUUGAGACAUUGAUUUUAAAAUUUAGUGUCUAUAAUUUUUAGCUCAUAGGAAGAAUGAAGGAACAUGUUUAACUUAGAAAGCAGUAUUGUUUUGUUAAAUUAUUCCAUUUUGUAUGAACUGUAGCAGGACUACACAGAAGAGCUUAAGUUAUGGCAUUAUUAUUGUUUUAUUUUAUGUUGUCAUGAUUUUCUGUUGACCAGAAGGUAUGGCUUGUGAUGUAGCACAAUGACUGUUUCUUGCUAACCAUGAAUUAUUAUGGACUCCUGUGGGCCUAGUGAAAUUCUGGGGCUGGAACCGUCCUCUGGAAUGCCUGGCAUUCCUCAGUGUAUCCCCUUGUUUCCUGAAUACAGCAUCAGUGAUCUGAGGAGGUGUGCUCUGCCCUGACACCCAAUGGGUACACUGUGAUUUUUUUUUUUUUUUUUUUGAUUGUAAAAACUCCUGAAUGGGCAGAUGACCAAGUUGGUGACCAAGUAGUUCAAAAGUCCCCAAAGUCACAAACUUUCUCAAAUGUCUUAAAAAUAAAAUCAUGGCACUGUAGUAGAAGCAAAAAGAUUUAAUGCUCAAACAGCAAGACAAAACGUUUCUGCAGGGGCUCAGGAGUUUUAAGAGCGCACACAAAGCUGGUCCUCCUUCCCGCUGAGUCCCACAGAUUGGGAAGAGUGGAAAGACUAGAAACGAAGAGAAGUGUGUAAUGCCUCUGUGAUGUCCUUCUAUAACAGACGAGUUCUGGGAGGUGGGGCGUUAGGGGUCACAGGGCUGGGAAUGGCAUCAGAGGCAGUAUUCCCUCAUCCUCCAGCCUCUGGUCCCUUAUUCCUUGGAAUUGAGACUUUUUCUGUCCAACACAAAGCAGAGCCAGCUCUUCGUCCUGCUCCGUACCCACCUUUGGUGGCAACAGAGAAACAUGAAGGCCAACUUCUCUCUGGUACCUUUCCAUGUUGGUCCUCCCAGAAAACCCACCCUACAUGCCAGUCUUCAUCAGCAUUCUGAAUUCCCAUCCUCCCUCCCUGUCACACUAAGGCCACCUUUAUCUGGAUUAACCAUUAUAGGCAGUCUAGGCAUGUGGCGGUGACUCCAGUCAUUCACGGUAUCAUCAAGAGAGGAGUAAAACCCAGACUAUUCGAGUGACAUUAUGGCUCUAAGCAAGGUUAAAAGAGAAAAAUAGUCUCUAGCCCGCCCUUCCUCCACAGCCUGCCUUGUAGGAACCAGGAAACUCAGACUGACUGUGUUUCCUUGAAAACAUUAUAGUCAUCAGAAGAACGCUGAGUGGAGAGUUCAGGGAACAUGAGAGCCAAUUCUUCUGUGCUGUUAGCUGCCACCAUGCUUCGGUGCUCUGAGAAGCCUGGCCAGACCGAUUUCAAGUUCCGUCACUGAUUGAAGGAUGAAUAUAUAUGUUCUUUAGCCAUCUGUUUUUGACUACCAAGAUGAAUUUUGUUUUUGUAUUGCAGCAAGCACUGGAUUCUUUCUUUUCCUAAAUCAUGUCCCUGAAUAAAAACCCCUCUUACAAUUGCUUAGCACAGGAAUGGAGACACCUGUAUCCACUUUGACACAUACCUCACCUUAGCUAGCUGCAGGACUGUGGGAGAUCCUGCCAGGACAAUGAAGUGAUGUUGUAAGGUGUCUUGGGUAGCCUGAUUGAAGACUGAGUAUUUUAGACCUUUAGUUCCACCAAAUGAAUCCUGGAAUUAAAGUCAUUUUGAGUCAGUACUGUCUAGUGCUUACUCGGGGGCCUUUGUGCUAAGCCGUUCUCCUAACCUGCUCUAGGGCAUGGAGGGGUGGCUUUGAAGUUCCUGUUACUAACUCAGGGUUGUCAGUGUCCCCAUGAGGCAGCACUGACGUCUUCUCAGUGGGAAUGUGUUCCUAUUGAUUCAGUGGUUUACUGCUUUUUCUCUUGUUCUUAUGUCUCAUGGUUUUAAUGAUAAUUUGUUUUAUUCUUUGGGAAUUUCAUACAUGCAUACAAUGAAACACGGUCAUAUUCACUGCAUUCCCCUUCCAUACCCUACUCAAAGCCUCCUCCUCCUGACCUCGUGCUUUUGUAUGGGAUGGUGUGUUUUAGGUGGUUGUUUUGGUAACUCACAAGUCUAGCAGUGCCACCCAUGUGUGCGUGUGUAUGGAAACAUCCCCUGGAGGAUCAUGGGAGUGACCCCUCCUGUCCACCCACCCCCCAACAGCUGUCAACUACCAGGCGCUCCUCAGUGGUGUAGGGCCUGGAGAUCACCUUCCCACAUCAAACUCUCUAUUUUUAAAAAAUGUCUAGCUGGGUUGGUAGCAUAUACCUUUAAUCCUAGUUCUGGGAGAGACAGAGAAGACAGAGCUCUGACUUGACCCUGUCUCCGCUGCCCUGUUCCACGCAUACCUUGUUUAUUUCUCCAGAAACUGAAACACUACCAUGUGCCACCAUGGAUCACCUCUGCACUAAACACCAUGGGCAUGAUCAUUUACUGAACACCUUAUGGCUCCCUGCAGAGCCGUGCUUACAGCCUCAGAGCCACUUACAGCAGCAUCUGGAGCAUCAUUCAUGACUUGUUGGAAUUUGUGUGCAGUGUUUAUUAUCCCAGCUCUGAGCUCACAAUUGUUCCCUAAAGAUGAUUCUAGACCUUGAGUUCCCUGGUGGGCAAGUGUAGGACCAUGCCAGUGGUCGUCUCAUGGGUCCCCAAGGCUGACGGGGGCAUGCCCUGACAGGCAGAGGGCCACUUGAAGUCCAGGUGACUAAGCACCAGUGCAUCUCUACGCAGCCACACUGCACUGUACCAGAUGAACACACUCUUCCCAGUCUAUGAGCUGAAGGUCGGGUGUACAGUCUGUUAUGUAUUUCCUCCCAAAAUGCUGUGAGAAUGAUGUGAGAUUUUUUUUGUCAAGACUUCUCUUCAGCUGUCAGUAUGGAUUCAGUGCCUUUCCAGGCAGCAAGGUUUUUCUUUGCUGAUGCCAUAGAACAAAUGUCCCAAUGUGCUCACCACCCCCUUUAGACUAGCUCACUAGAUGUGUCUGUUUGCUUAUCUGUAUGGUUUAACCGGCAUUGCAAAUGCCUGUCCAAACAAGAAUGAACUGAACUAGGCUGCUGAGUGGAGGACCCAGUGGAACCCAGAACACUUCUCAGGGACAGGAGGCUAAAGAGGAUAGCUCUCAGAAACAGAGAAAGAGCUUGGUUAGGCUUUGGUAAAUGCCACACGCACGGCAAAGGUGUGACAGCAAGAUUUCAGGUGCCACAUCCUCAGCAGAUGGCAAGGCCAUUGUCAGGAGGCUUCCAGCACAAUCACAGCCCUGCUUCCCAGGGCCUCUGCACAGCACUGGAGGUCACUGGUGUCUGGCCAAAGACCACGGUCCUCCCAUGGCUACAAGCUAGAGGGCCCAGCCACAUGUGCAAGCUAUCAGGAAAAGGUAUCUUGACCACACUACCCCAAUGGCUCUCCACCUCUAGAGUUCCACUUCCCAGAGGAUGGGGAAACCUUUUGAGUCUUUUUUUAAAUGUUUGUAUGUCUGCUCCCAUCCCUCCCUCUCUUUCUAUGAUUAUUUAUUACAGUCAUUUGAGUUCCAUUGAUUUAGGGCAAAUGAAUUUCUAGAACCUAUGUCUCAAAAUGAACCCCCUUGUCUCCUUGAAGCUCCCAGGUCCCUGGCUCUGUGUCAUUUUCAGAAACUGGCUCUGCUUUGUACUGAACAGCAAUGGGAACAGGAAUGAUGACGAGAACAAACCAAUGCAUGAAAUUAAACAAACUAUACCUGUG